AUGAAAUCUUUAAUUGCUCUUUCUUGCGUAGGCUUAGCCUCUCUAAUUGCACAGGUAUCAGCAGCUCCCCUGAUUCCUGCUUUUUUAAACCCAGAAUCUGGAGAAGUUCUUGUUCGAGUCCCCAGACAGUUAGGAGAUAGACCACAACAGGCAUUCAGACCCCUUCGAAGAGAAGAUAACGAAGAUAUCUCCUUUGCUGAUCAGGAAACUGCCGCUGAUUCCUCUUAUGCUGCUCCUGCAGCUCCUCUCGGCCGUGUCAAGAUCCAAGUAUACAGAGGACCCUCACAGGGAUCAGGAUAUGAUACCUUUGCCCCUUGGGGGUACUACAACACACAGCCCCUUGAUCUCGACAAAUAUCACUAAUCCUGAACAGUCCUCCUAGUUUGACCAAACAUCAAAACUAUUUUUUUUCACGUAGCAGUUUAGGUAAUUAAACUGUGAUUGUAUUUCUGUAGUAAAUAUAAAUAGAAAUAAAUAAGAUAAACUUUUUUAA